AUGCUCCAUAACAACGUACAAAGCCUUGCUCGAAAAUCUCUCCAAUAUUACCAAAACCCUCAUGAUCAGGUGGUGGUGGUAAUGGUGCCGUUUCCGGCACAGGGCCAUCUCAACCAGCUCCUCCAGCUCAGCCGCCUCAUCUCCGCCUACAACAUCCCCGUCCACUACGUUGGCACCGCCACCCACAACCGCCAGGCCAAGCUCCGAGUCCACGGCUGGGACCCACUUUCCAUUUCGAACAUCCAUUUCCACGAGCUCCCGUCCCCGACUUUUCAAAACCCUCCUCCAGACCCGAAUUCCAAGAUCAAAUUCCCGUAUCAUCUCCAAUCUUUAUUCGACGCGGCGGCGGAAGAACUCCGCAGCCCUGUGGCUUCUUUACUCCGGUCACUCUCUGACGCCAACAGAAGGGUGGUAAUUGUGAACGAUUCAAUGAUGGGAUCAGUGGUUCAAGACUUCAUUCGUCUCCCGAAUGCCGAGGCCUAUACUUUUCAUAGUAUUUCUGCUUUUACGAGCUUCUUUUUCCGAUGGGAAACUGCCGGAAAGCCCUUUCCGGUUGAUGAAGAGAUUCUACAAAAGCUUCCAGCUUUAGACAGAUGUUUCACUCCUCAAUUUACGGAGUUUGUUAUAUAUCAGUCUGAUUACGCAAAAAAUUCGUCGGGGAGAAUAUACAAUUCAUGCAAAGAAAUGGAAGGUACUUUUCUUGAUUUGCUUUCGAAGCAAGAAAUCAGCGGAAACACCAAGCAAUGGGCUUUUGGCCCUUUCAAUCCUGUUCGGAUCGAAAAAGGUGAAGAACAGAAUCAAAGACCCACUACUCAUAAAUGUCUCGAAUGGCUCGAUAAACAAAGUAUGAACGAAGUAAUCUUGGUUUCUUUCGGUACCACAACUUCAUUUUCUGAUGAACAAAUUCGCGAAAUCGCGAUUGGGUUAGAGAAAAGCAAGCAAAAAUUCAUAUGGGUUCUGAGGGACGCGGACAAAGGAGACGUGUUCGUUGAUGAUUGUGGAGGAAGAUCAAUGGAACUACCAGAUGGUCAUGAUGAUCGGUUAGUGACGUCAACGAUGGUUGAGAGAGCUGUGAGGAUAUUGAUGGCGCAGGACUACUUAGGCCAUGAAAUGAGAAAAAGGGCUUCAAAGUUGGGGGAAUCUGUUCGGUGUUCGGUGGUUGAUGGUGGCUCUACAAAGGUUGAGUUUGAUGCCUUCAUUGCUCAUAUUACAAGGGAGUAG